UCUCUCCUUUCGAUAGUUUUAUAACAAUAAAUAAAUAUAUAUUUUUUAAUUAUUUUAUGUCACUGACGAUGAGACAGAGUAUCUGAUUCUAUCAAUCUAAGAAGCAAUGAAUGAGGAGAAUCUUAAACAAGGCAACGAGCCACGUGGUCCGGAUAUUGCAGUGUGGGCACGGUCUGUCCUCCAUAGUCAGUUUUCUUCUUCGUUCCAAAAUUGGAAAUUUGGAACCUAGAGUUUGCGUUAUGUGAAAAAGGAAUGGGUCAGGCCUUCCGUCGAGCAUCUGGAAGAAUCCGUACAUCUUCUAGUAUCGAUCCGAUGCCGUCCACCUCGUCAAAAUCUAAUAGCGUCGUCGACAGGCGAUCACCGAUAGUGGGCCCCAGCGACGAUCUGAAUAUAUCGAAGACCGGCGACCAUGGCGCUCUUGAUCAUUCUGAUGGAACCUCAAGAAUCAAUGCCGAAAAUGUGCUUGAAGAUCGAAAUCCAAAGUAUGAUGCCAUGCUUAAUCAAAUGGUUGGUAGAAUUACGUCAAAGCCUGGAGGGAAGCCUGAGAUUGGAGAGGCAUCUGUGGUGGAAAAGUAUAGUAAACCCAUGCCAAAACUGCGAAAUACAAAACCGGAUUCUGGAACUUAUGAGGAAAGACCGGUCCCUGCGGGAAGUCUGAAUGUGGCACAGCUGCGCCACAUCAUCCUCCUGCACCAAGGCAAAGCUGACGACAAUGACGGACCUAUGAACGUCCAACAGAUUGCUGAAAAAUUCCGAGUUGACAUGGCACAGGUUGAAAGGAUUUUGCAGUCCCUAUCACUGCCUCCAGAGGAUAGCAGCAAACAUAAAAACAAUACAUGAAGAUCUUUAACUUCCACUUGCUCAGCAGAAUUCUGUUGAAUAAGAGAUGGUUUUGAAGGUUUCAUAAACUUUCAUUAAACAGUAGAUAUCCUAAUUUAAAGCAUAAAUUAGAAAUUUCAAGCUCAA